UAGUCCUCCUUUUCCUUCAGACUAAAAAAAAGAAGAUUCCAAUUGGUCGAACCAAUCCAGCCGCAACCUUGGCUUUCCGGUCUCCUCCUCCCCCAAUCUAUCCGGAGCUCGCGGAUCGAGGGACGCGACUCGCCGCCGCGGCCUGCUCCCCGGAUCAGCGCCGUCGCCGGCCGCCGAUCGGAGAGCGAGCGGCCCCCCUUUUCCCUGGAGAUGGACGGCCUCGGGGGCGGGGGAGGAGGGGUGCACGGCUCCCGGAGGAGCAUGUCCUCGGCCUACGGCACCAGGAGGAGGGCGUCCACCGCGGACAACGGAUACGACGCCGCCGCUCCCAGGAGGGCCUCCGCCACCAUCUCCCGCACAACGUCGACGUUGACUGGGGAGAGAACCGUCAAGAGACUGAGACUGUCCAAGGCACUGACGAUACCAGAUCACACAUCUGUACAUGAGGCUUGUCGGAGGAUGGCCGCGCGUAGAGUUGAUGCCGUGUUGCUGACGGACUCCAAUGCGUUGCUCUGUGGGAUCCUUACUGACAAGGACAUAGCCACAAGGGUUAUUGCUCGUGAACUGAAGCUAGAAGAGACACCAGUUUCGAAGGUCAUGACAAGAAACCCUCUCUUUGUUCUCGCAGAAACUCUUGCGGUUGAGGCAUUGCAGAAGAUGGUACAAGGCAAGUUCAGACAUUUGCCUGUGGUGGAGAAUGGUGAAGUCAUUGCACUACUGGACAUAGCCAAGUGCCUAUAUGACGCUAUUGCACGAAUGGAAAGGGCAGCUGAGAAAGGAAAAGCAAUUGCUGCUGCUGUUGAGGGUGUAGAGAAGCAUUGGGGGACAUCUGUAUCUGGCCCCAACACGUUUGUUGAAACUCUUCGAGAACGGAUGUUUAAGCCAGCACUGUCCACCAUUAUAUCUGAGAAUUCAAAAGUGGCCACUGUUGCACCAACUGACACUGUGUUGACAGCAUCAAAAAAGAUGCUUGACCUGAAAGUAAGUUGUGCAGUUGUUGCGAUUGAAAACAAGCCUGGGGGGAUUCUGACCUCUAGAGAUAUAUUGAUGCGUGUUAUAGCCCAGAAUCUCCCCCCUGAGUCUACUACAGUUGAGAAGGUCAUGACUCAGAGUCCAGAAUGUGCCACGGUUGACACUCCAAUCCUUGAAGCCUUGCAUACAAUGCAUGAUGGAAAGUUUCUGCAUCUGCCUGUUCUAGACACUGAUGGAAGCGUUUUAACUGUUAUCGAUGUCCUUCACAUAACUCAUGCUGCCAUUGCAACAGUAGGAAACAGCGCAGCAACUGGCUCUGAGGCGACUUCUUCCAUGAUGCAAAGGUUCUGGGAUUCAGCAAUGUCAAGUGGGCCGCUUGAUGAUGAUGAUGACUCCAGAAGUGAAGGGUCAACAAAAGUGGCAUCUGAGGCAACAGAUAUAGGACGAUCAGCAUUCUAUCCAGCUUCAGGCUUAUCAAACACUUUUGGGUUCAAGAUUCAGGACAAACAAGGCAGGAUGCACAGAUUUAACUGCGACACGAGCAGUCUUACAGACCUGAUAACUUCCAUCUUACAAAGGCUUGGCGAUGACAUUGAUAAAUUGAACCUGCCUCAAAUUUUGUAUGAAGAUGAAGAUCAUGAUAAGGUCAUACUUUCAUCAGACGCCGACCUUAUAGCAGCUGUGGACCAUUCAAGACAAAUCGGUUGGAAGAGUUUAAGGUUGCACUUGGAUUACUCUGGCAUUGGCCGUCGUAAGCGAGGAGCCGCCUCAGCGGAUUUCGAGUAUGCUGGAAGGGACGCAUGGGCUUCCGCGUACAGCACUGUUGCGGCUGGGGCAGCCCUGGUUGCUGGCCUUGGCGUGAUGGCUUACCUGAAGAGAGCAGGCUAAGACGGCGGUCGACCACACUUUUGUCUUCAUUGAUGCAGGGUGUUACUACAUUGAAAUGACUAGAAAUGACUGGUGAAAAGGAAAAAAUAUCGACUCAGAGAUGGCCAUGUGAUUAAUUCUUGUGAGGAAAAUCAAAAUCUGUAAUAAUGUCACGGCAAUGGACUACACAGCCCGCGGACGGUGUGGAUCAAAUCUUGGAUGUCCAGUAGUCUCCAUCACCACUGGCGGAGCUAUGUAGGGGCCGAACCGGGCCAUGGCCCGCCCAGGUUUUUGGCAGAAAAACGAUUAAUUACUAGGCAUUAGAAUUACAACCCAACUGCAGCCCACCAGAACGCCUCUCACUCGACCCAGACGAAGAAAAAAAAAAAACACGCAACUGGAGAGAGAACCGUGGGGCUGAAAUGAAACCAUGGAGGCGCCUUGAGCCUUGACGAGGAAUUUUGGGGGAACGAGGGGAGGCGGAGCAGGGCACCAGGAGGCACAGCAACGCCUCACCUCCGCCCCGCCGCCUCAGCCCGCAGGCACGAGCGCCGCGGUGUCAGCUGGAGGACCAGAGCACUGACCAGCUUCUGAUUCGCCGAUUCGGUUUUGAUGCUGUAUUCUUCUCCAAUUUGUCUACGGAGUAUACAAAUACUUUAUUUUUUUCCCAAAUCCGUAGUUGGCAAAAUGCGAAUUUGGUAGCAGGGAUUUGGAUUGGACUUGACUCUGUUUCCAGAAUUUGUUUUCAGUUUUUUUUUUUUUUUUUUUUUUUUUUUUUUUUGAACAAAAGGGGCGCCGGGGGCGCCAGAUAUAUUGAUUCAACUCAUAUACAGUGUAUAAAAUUUGGUUUUUUUUAGCCUGGCCCGCCCUUGGUUUUCUUCGUAGCUCCGCCACUGUCCAUCACCAUUGUACAAUGGAGUAUAAUUGGCCAUUUGUUUGAAACAACAGUGUUCACUCACAUCA